UUGUGUGUCCUUUUCACCCAGAUUCAACGUAAGUUGUAACGGCUCACCAUCUUGUAGUGAUUAAUUCUAAUAUGUAACCAUUAAGCUUCCACUUUUACCUCCUUUUUCUCUCCUUAAAUUCUCCAACUACGUUCUCUCACUGAAACCAUCAACAAUAUUCUCUUUAAUUCUCUGCUCUCUCUUUAGCAUCUGAACUUAGCCAGACAGUUCUGUUUUCCUCUCCAUUAAAUAAAAUAUACUGUUACAAUAAUACUCUUCAUUUAGUCACCUAUGGCUAAAGCAAUUCUCACCCUUUUCUUCCUGCUCUUGUCCUACUCUUCAGCGCCGAUACUAACAAUAGCGGAUGGGCAGACUUGGUGUGUGGCUAAACCUUCGUCAGAAAAUGCAAUUCUUCAACAAAAUAUAAAUUUUGCUUGUUCUAAUGUGGACUGCCGCAGUAUAUUCCAGGAGGGUUGCCCUUGCUUUUCCCCAAACAAUUUGAUGAACCAUGCUUCUAUUGCCAUGAACCUCUACUACCAAACUAAAGGAAGGAACCCUUGGAAUUGCCACUUCGGUAAUUCUGCCCUCCUUGUCAUGACCGAUCCAAGUUAUGGCAGCUGCACCUAUGAGUGAAGUCAUGGUUAGGCGGAGCAAGACUAUCCUAAUUUUCUUUAAAUUUCUUGUUUACCUUUUUUUGUUUUAAAGGAGGGGGUGAUCGUGUUAAGUUAGCAUAUUAACAUGCACUAUGUAGUCAUUUAAUUUUUAGCUGUCUAUUUUUUCAUAUUAUGAUUACCAUUUUGUUCUAGUUUUAUCUCC